AUGGGAAAAGCUGUCGCUAGAUUGCCUUCGUUGAUCACAGGCGAAGAUGGGUUAAGGAGGCAUUUGGAGCAUGAAAUUAUAGAUUUUGGAGGGAUGGACGAUACUGCAGUUACAAAGCAUGUACAGAGUGAAGGUACAUACGAUACAACUCUACAGCAGUUAGAAGCAGUUCGAGAACCGGUAUAUGAAUUGCAUCGAUCCGAAGAAAUGGGUGUGUCUCCUGAGCAUGCCUUAUUUCUGGAUAGCAUGCAAGAAUACAAAAGUGUUGGUGAAGGUGCAGUUUUUAGCGAGCCAGAGUAUGUGACUCAGAGCGAAUGCUUGCUGGAACAAGAGGGAAGUGAAAUUAGUGAAAGUAAGCCGCUUACUGGACUAGAACUGGAACCAGGUGGAAGUUCUUCAUUCGGAGAGAAGCUAAUGAAGUUCGCAAAAGGAACUGGGACACUUGCUGGAGCAGUAGUUUUGGCACCAGCUGCACUAGUAACGAUGGGCGCCGCCAGUGUUUAUGAAUAUGCAAAAAAAGACGAUGAUAAGAAAAUAAUACCUGAAGAAGCAAGACAAUCUGCUUAUGCGUUUUUGCCAAGCCUUCAGCAAACCGAAACUGAUUUAAGACUGAUUGGUGAGGAAAGGCAAAAUUUUACCACUAGCGAAGUUCGCAGCCCUUCGAAAGGCGAAAUUGUUGGAAUCCCUGGCGAAGAAGAUACAUCGGAUGUUGACAGUAUACGGAAAGAAAGUGUUGUAGAUGCAUCUUUUAAGGGCAGGAAGGAGGCGGCCCAGCUGUCGCAAAUCGAUGUUACUGCUGAAGACACAAUCAUAGUUCAAUCAGAAAGCCAAACUGAUGAAAGUUCCGAUCAAGAGCAUAAGCAAAAAAGUUAUGCAAAGGAUGAUAGUAGGGUCCCUCCUUUAACGAAGGAUCUGACUGAGGCAGAUAGCGAACGUUUCGUCGAGCAAGGUGAAACUUUAACUGAGACAAGUGCAAGUGGAAGUAAAACUUUGUUUGAAAGACUUCAAAACAUGGAAGCGAGUUUGGACGCACUAAGUUUUUCUGAACUUCCAGAAAUAGCGGGAAUACAAGGAGAAAUCGAGACUAAGAAAGAUGAAAUAAAAGGGCAGUACGACAACACCGCAGUGGGAUAUCAGCUGAACGUGGAUGGUUUACGUCAGCUACCUUCAGAAUACGGGUCUGCCAAUCAGACAUAUAAGCCGUAUUCGAUGAAAGCCGAACAUUCUUAUGAGAAAAGCGCUUCUAUAUCAUGGACCCCAGAGGAAGCGCAGAAUUUAGAAGGCACAGAUGCUGUUAGCUCAGACAAAGUUUUCGAUAACGAAGUGGUUGCAUUAGAAGCAGCAGUGAUAGGCGGCGAUUUUAUCGAGGGAGACGAUGUGGCUCAAGCCACCAAACAAAUUUUCCCCUAUUCGGAAGAUGUGGGAGAUAUGGGACAUGAAAAAUUAAAGAAAAGAUCCAGCACUGAUUUCGAAAAACAGUUGGAAAUCAUGUAUACUGAACCAUCAGUACAGCUAACUAGUGAAAUGGAACUAAGCAAAUCGGAUUUCAAAGUGGACGACAGUGAGUUGUCAUCCACUUCAGCGCUCUCUUCGGAGAAAAUAACUGAUUCGUUUCAGAAGCUUGAUAAAACUGUUGUGGAGCAUAUAUUCAAAGAAGAGGUGACGUGGCCAGAAAAGGAACAUUUUGAAACUGAAAACGGUAGUGUUAAUAUACAGCAACAGGAAUUGAGUGAGGGAGCGAAAGGCGAGGUGGAGAUCGAAAAACUGAAAUUAGAUGGUACAUUGGAUCUAUACAGAACUGAGGGACUUGAAGAAAGUAGUGUGUUAUCUGCAUCCAGGGAUGAAGUGCUCAUGAAACAGUUUCUAGAAAAUGUGGAUUUCGAAACUGAGGGAGAAAUUUUAAGACCGGCACCAGCGACUGUUUUUGAUACGGCAGACAGCUUCGCAAUAGAACGAAUGCCACCGAAAAAAGAAUUCUUCGGGGCAACCCCUUCUGAGCUUUUGGAAAGCAAAGUAGAAGAUAAGCUGAUGGAUAAAGAAAAAGAAGAGCAAACAAUUGGUGAAGCAAGUUGCUUGAAGCAAGAAAUCUCUGAAGUACCAUUUGAAAGGCAGGGACCUACCAGUGUUGAUUCUGACCAACUGACAAUGUUGCAAAAACCAGUAAGGAAAGGCGAAUUUACGAAUCUCCCAAGGGAGCAUGUAGCCAGUGUAACAAAGGAAAUCAACAUUCCACUAAUGGAAGAUAUGGCGGAGCGUGGUGAGUUUUGCAGUGUUGUACAAUCUGAGGAAUGUUCUGGGAGUGAGAUAACAGCAGAAGCCAUCAUAUUGGAACAUGAGAUACAUAGAGAGUUUAAAACAUCACCGAGCGGAGAGAUUCCGAAAAGUGCUCCUGAUAAAAAAGAACAGGAAUUUGGAUACAGUGAGGCCUUUCGUUGUGAUGUUGAGCCAGUGCAACAAAAUUUCAGAGAUGAUUUUAUCACCAAUGCCACUGUGUUGCAGGAAGGUACACGCGCUCGAAUUACAUCUGAUUUACAUGAAGGGGAAAAAAUCAAAGGGGGAUUAGCAGAAAUAAAGCAAAUGGAAGGACAUGAAAAUGUUCAUAUGUUGAGUCAAGACAAUGAAUUUGAAGUAAUCCGACUGUCCUCCUUAGUUUCAACUUUCAGCGAGGAUCAGUCAGCAAUUUCUAGGCUGACUGAAGACGGUACUGGUGAUAUCAAGAAGAAAAACAAAGGAGAUGAACUGCUGCAGCAAGUUUUUCCUAUUGAGGACAUAGAUGAGCGGAAAGGAAUGCCCUUGGAUGCAGGAAGUUUGGGAAAAAUUUCUGGAAUUGCUUUGGGCGAAAGGAGCACUCCGGAAGGCAGGCAGCCGUUUACUGAAAGUUUGCUAGAUAUUCCGGAAACGGCUGAAGCAAGUAUUAUUACAGUACCUGUAGCUCUAUCAACUCCUGAAACACCGGCACAAGCAGAGAUGUUGACGAAGUCGAAAACGGUUCCUGGUGACAAUGAUUUCGAUAAUGAACUAGAAGUAGAGUUGCGUGGUAUGCGAGAGACAAUUCAGCACAAAGAAACGAUUGCCGAAAGUGCCGUACAAAAAAACUUUGAACUGAGUUCGGAAUUUUCGUCUACGGCAGGCGCUGGAGUUGAUGAAGAGAAAGCUCUGAAGAGAAUAAUAAGCUACGAAGACUGGCAACAAAUCGGAGACGAUGGAAGCAGCAAAACAAAAAAACAAGCUAUACAUUUACUUGCAGGCGCUGAAGAGCCGUGUCUGGAAGAAAUCAGUAUAGACCAAACUAUUCAUGAGAAGAUAGUGGCAGCUUCUGGGGAGUCUGAGGACGACAGACUUUCCGAGCAACAAACUACGGUUAGAAGCUUUCAUGCAGAUGCGCCGAAGGAAACAAAGUAUGAACCAGAGCAGUUCGUAGUAGGUGGCGAGGAGCACCAGGAAAAACAACUUCUAAGUAAAGAUGAAGUGAAGCAAAACGCGGAAGAGUCAUUUUCUGCUAUGCUUGUCAGACAUAAUGACUUUAGCCCCGGUAACGAACCUGUGAGACUAGAAAAGCAUGAAGCGGAUUUCUCACGAACAGUUUGGGAUUCUGAUGUUGAAGAUAAUGGUAAACCCGAGAGAAAUAUCACUCUCGAUAAUCUUGACGCUCAAAAAUGUGGGAGAUUUAUGGAACUGGAAGGAUUAGUACUCGCGCCAGGAAAUAUUGAGUUGGAAGCGAGAAGCAGUAAGCAGUUGGAAUCAGAAAAAGCUAUACUGCCGACUUCAGAGGAAGUAUCUGAAGGAGGGCAACGAUUAACAGGCAUGCAGUUUUCACCAGAGCAGGAUGCUGGCAAAAUAUCAUCUGAAGUGGAUGAAAAAGCAAACACUGCUGCUGGCCAGGAUACAGCAACUAAAAACUAUGUGGACGUUCUAUCGGAGCAAAUGGUUUCUGGGAUUUUGAGGGAAAUGAAACAAACAACGAAGAGCAUCCCGAUACACGCUGAAACAUCAUCGUCUAGUGAAGAGCAAGGAACGACUAGGAAAUACUCAUCACAAGUGGAACAUGAGCCUGAAGUGGAUUACGAGUCGGACUUGAUGGAGAAGCUGGAGGCGUUGGCACAGCAGUCGAAACAGUUGGAAAUACCAGCGGAGGGAGAAAUAUAUGAGGAUGAGCUGAAUAUUCAAGUAGCAGAAAUGGUAGACGACAUAAUAAAGAGAUUGGGAGAGGAUUUGUCACGCAGCGCAUCUACCUACAAAACAGCAACUGCAACAUCGAGGGACGGCUACGAAACAUGCGUUACGUCACAAGAGGAUACAUUUGAAACCGCUGCUGGCUGGCAUUCUCAGGAUUCAGAAUACACUACAGCAGCGAGCGAAGUGAGCAGUAGACUCUCGGAAAUUAGUGAAGAACGGCGGGGAAGUGCAACGCCCAUUGCAAUGCUUUCACCGGUCCAGUCUGAUCGCCUGUUCACUGCAUCACAGGAUGAGGAGCAAGAACCAACUAGACAUAUAAGUCCAUUCAGUGAUUCAAAACGUUCAAGCCCUGAUAUGCCUGACAUAGAGCUAGUGCCCGUCGAAGAUGAAGAAGAAAUGGAAGAUGUCCUGUUAACUUCUGCCAGUGGCAUUCUUCUUGCUCCUGAUGUUGAUCCAGGACGACCAAUUUCUCCUAUACCACCUGGAGUAAAUGAUGACGAUGAAGGUAUCGUUGUCGUUGCUUCACCCGACAGUUCAAGAAAAGCUACAGAAAACUACAAAAUUACAGAGCAGAUUCGUCUGGCUGAAAACAAAAUUCUCGAUUCAAUUGUGGAAGCUCCCGGUGACGACGUGCUUGUGGAAGAAACGACUUUAACAUGGACACACGCAGCAGAUAUUUCAGAGAAAGCAAAAUCCCAGGAGUCAAUACACGAGAAAGCGAUGGACUUCGGGAGGGAAUAUUUACGGCAGUACUCUGACUUAUCCUCCGGAAGCAAAGCGGAAACUGUCGUUGAUCGGCUGGAUAAAGAGGGCGAUGUCAGGACUGAAUCGCUACUGCCCGAAACGAUGUUGCAUGCAGAAUCCGAUUCAGUUGAUUCUUUAGACAAGAUAUCAAUCAGGAGCGGAAGCAGUGGGAAGCGAUACAGCACUUCGCGACGAAGCAGCACGAGUUCUAAGAAAAGUACACACGAUGAACCUCAGACGUUCCUUGAAAGACUUACUCCGGAAUUGAAAAUGACAUGGACAGAAACGGAGCACAGUGUGGAGUCACCGAAACGUUCGCCACUCUCACCAUCUGAAGAGUACUCUACGUUUGUACCGGAAAAUGAACAGAGCUUGCAUGUCGUGGAGGCAGAGCUCGAGACAGUGGACGAAGAGCCUGAAGAAGCAGAUUCAUUAAAUGGCAGAAGCGCCUCAUCAAAUGGUCAGGGAGUGGAUAUUAGUAUGGCAGUAGGAAAGUACAAAACAGUAUCAAGCGACAACGUUUCCGAAACCAGUUUGCAAGAAUUUGAAAGAAUUGAACGAGAUGUGCUGAACAAGGGCGAAUCAAGUUUGAGCGGCAGUGAGAUGGAGCUGUAUGUCUCUGGAAAGCUGAAGCCCGGAACCAAUGGAUCGACAAGUUCCCUUGCUGAAUUUGAACGGCUUGAGCAGGAGGUAGGGACGGAAGGUUCGCCACAAGAUGACGCAAUGAUGCUUUCAGAUAUUCGGGAGGAAUCAGAAGUUGAGGAUAUGAGCGUUCGGGAUGACGAUGAGGAGGAUCACGAUUCCAUUCCCGAUAUUCAAGCAAUUCCAGUUGUAGAGGAUACUCAAGUUGUAACACCACUAGCGUCACCACAUGAUAGCAUCGAAAAAGAUUUUGAGAAAGUAAUUCCAGAAGUACUGGAAACCAGUACUGAUUCGCUGGAGGCUGCUAUACCAGAAAAACAAAUAAUCAGUGAAGGCAGUUUAGUAGGAUACGAAGUUGUUGAUUGUAAGGCUGGUGAAGAGCGUUUGCAUGACUCACUUGAAAUAAUCCCCCAAGAUAAAGAUUCUGUGCUGGAAGGAGCUAGCAUUCAAGAACUGACUAGUCAAGAUACGCAAGUUUUGCUGAGUGGUGACACGACAGGCACAUAUCAAGAAUAUCAGGACGAAGAGAAGGAUUCUUUAACUGGCGAUAUGGACACUAUGCUGGGUGACUAUCCGACUACACUGACGACUUUUGAGACGACACAAGUCUGCGACGACGGUUCUACAGAAGUGAUAUCCAGACGUGUUCUAACUCGCGUCACUGAUCCGAUCAUCAAUCAUGUGCAGUUCACAGGAACGGAAAAUGAGCAUCGUGUGCGCGAUUUAGAACGCGAGGAAGAAUUUGAAACUGUGGAUGCUGAAGGGAAUGUGACGCGUACAACACUGCAUCGCAACGCGCCUUUUCCGUCCUCAGGUAUUUCUUUAUUUUUUGUAAUUUAA